UGCGAUCAGGCGGCGCGGCGGGCAGCCCCGCGGCGGGCGGGGCGCUAGACCGCGGGGUCCUUCCUCGCUCGCCCUGCUUCCUCUCGGAGCGGACACGGCAAAUGGCGGACUUCGAUACCUACGACGACCGGGCCUACAGCAGCUUCGGCGGCGGCAGGGGGUCCCGCGGCAGUGCUGGCGGCCAUGGCUCCCGCAGCCAGAAGGAGCUGCCCACGGAGCCCCCGUACACGGCCUACGUGGGGAACCUGCCCUUCAACACGGUCCAGGGCGACAUCGACGCCAUCUUCAAGGACCUCAGCAUCCGCAGCGUGCGGCUCGUCAGAGACAAGGACACAGACAAAUUUAAAGGAUUCUGCUAUGUAGAAUUUGAUGAGGUGGAUUCCCUUAAGGAAGCCUUGACGUAUGAUGGUGCACUGCUAGGUGACCGGUCCCUUCGUGUGGACAUUGCAGAAGGCAGAAAACAAGAUAAAGGUGGCUUUGGAUUCAGGAAAGGUGGACCAGACGACAGAGGCUUCCGGGAUGACUUUCUGGGAGGCAGGGGAGGAAGCCGCCCAGGUGACCGACGAACAGGGCCCCCCAUGGGCAGUCGCUUCCGAGACGGCCCCCCACUCCGGGGCUCCAACAUGGACUUCAGGGAGCCCACAGAAGAGGAGCGAGCGCAGAGACCACGACUCCAGCUUAAACCUCGGACAGUUGCGACGCCCCUCAACCAAGUAGCCAACCCCAACUCGGCCAUCUUCGGGGGGGCCAGGCCCAGAGAGGAAGUCGUUCAGAAGGAGCAAGAAUGAGCUUGUGGGCGGGAGGGAACGGGGUGCGGGGGCAAUCGGAGCAAGACCACGGCCUGGCUGUCCCCGGAGCGGCGGCCCCGCGGCUGCCGGUCCUGCGCCCGACCUUUGCCCUCCCUUCUUACACCGGAAACACGGCUCGUGAGUGCAUGUCAGCAGUGAGCAGGUGGUUCCGGCACAUCCUCGGCCUCCUGCACCCCAGUACCGGCUGCUCCCUCUCCCCCUCUCUCCUUCUCUCCUCCUCCCC